CUCGCUGGAGCCCAGCUGGAGUCUGGUGGCACCAUUACUACAGAAGAGCAGAUUGUUCUUGUGCUGAAAGCUAAAGUAGAGUGUGAACUCAACAUCACAGCUCAGCUCCAGGAAGGAGAGGGAAAUUGUUUUCCAGAAUGGGAUGGACUCAUUUGUUGGCCCAGAGGAACAGUGGGGAAAAUCUUGGCUGUUCCCUGCCCUCCUUAUAUUUAUGACUUCAAUCAUAAAGGAGUGGCUUUGCGACGCUGUAACCCCAAUGGAACAUGGGAUUUUAUACACAGUUUAAAUAAAACCUGGUCUAAUUAUUCAGAUUGCCUUCGCUUUCUUCGGCCUGAUACCAGCCCAGGGAAGCAAGAAUUCUUUGAACGCCUGUAUGUCAUGUACACUGUUGGAUAUUCCAUCUCCUUUGGCUCCCUGGCUGUGGCUAUUCUCAUCAUUGGCUACUUCAGACGAUUGCAUUGCACUAGGAAUUAUAUCCACCUGCACUUAUUUGCAUCCUUCAUGCUGAGAGCUGCAAGCAUUUUCGUCAAGGACAGAGUGGUCCAUGCUCACAUAGGGGUCAAGGAGCUGCAGUCCCUGAUGAUGCAGGAUGACCUACAGAAUUUCAUAGAUGCGCCUUCUAUGGACAAAUCACAAUAUAUUGGGUGCAAGAUUGCUGUUGUGAUGUUUAUUUACUUCUUGGCUACAAACUACUAUUGGAUCUUGGUGGAAGGUCUCUAUCUGCAUAGUCUAAUCUUUGUGGCUUUCUUUUCCGACACCAAAUACCUGUGGGGUUUCACCUUGAUAGGCUGGGGGUUCCCCGCAGUAUUUGUUGCAGGCUGGGCUGUGGCACGAGCAACUGUGGCUGAUGCAAGGUGCUGGGAACUUAGUGCUGGAGACAUAAAGUGGAUUUAUCAAGCCCCUAUCUUAGCAGCUAUCGGGCUGAAUUUUAUUCUGUUUCUGAAUACAGUUAGAGUUCUGGCUACCAAAAUUUGGGAGACCAAUGCAGUUGGGCAUGAUACAAGAAAGCAAUACAGGAAACUCGCCAAAUCCACGCUGGUCCUGGUGCUGGUGUUCGGGGUGCAUUACAUCGUGUUCGUGUGCCUGCCCCACUCCUUCUCGGGGCUCGGGUGGGAGAUCCGGAUGCACUGUGAGCUCUUCCUCAACUCCUUUCAGGGUUUCUUCGUGUCGAUCAUCUACUGCUACUGCAAUGGAGAGGUUCAGUCUGAGGUGAAGAAGAUGUGGAGCCGGUGGCAUCUCUCCAUCGACUGGAAAAGGACGCCCCCAUGCGGCGGCCACAGGUACGGCUCCGUACUCACCACCAUGACGCCCAGCACCAGCAGCCACUCGCAGAUGGCAGCCAGCACUCGCAUGGUCCUCCUCUCUGGCAAAGCGACCAAGACGGCCGGCCAGCAGCCCGACAGCCACGUGACUUUACCCGGCUAUGUCCGGAGUAACUCAGAGCAGGACUGCCAGCAACACUUGAUCCAUGAGGAGACCAAGGAAGGUAACGGGAGGCAGGGAGAGGAAACUCCAGUGGAGGUGUCUUCCAGGCCAAUGGAAGGUACCCGAGUCCCUGAAGGAAUCAAAGGAGAAAUAGAGGAUGUUCUCUGAAUCAACAUCUCUGGCUUGAAAGAGCCGGUCCAUCUGGUUGCCCAAGAGCUGAUGCUCCAAGAGCUUGGCCAUCAUCCCUCUGCUUGAGCCCCAGAGCUGAAAAUUCAGGCUUAGGCUGUUACUUGACAAAAAUUGUCAGGCUACAUGAGUUGGCUCCUAUACAUACUAAAGACACAAAAAGGAGAAGUGUCAUUGAUGUGGUUUAUGACCUUGUUUUGACAUCAGAUUCUCUUCUAAAUUGAUGUGUGAUACUUGCUCUGCGAUUGUUCCUUUAUCAGCUACUCUUGGGUAGAAAACAUUUUAGUUGCUUGCCUAUAGUUUUCUCUUACAAAUACCACUCUAAGAAUGAUAGAGCUCAUUUAGUAUGUGUCAUUUCCGUUUAGGAAAUUAACACUCUCUUUUUUCUCUUUCUCCCCUGAAUGUACUUCUAUCACUGCCUUCUUUUUGCCGGUGUGUUAGGAGCCAUUAGGAUCUGAAAAUGUAUGUUGAAAGAUUAAAGACCUAA